AUGUGUGCAUUCCCCUUUUUUAAUUACAAGUAUAAUUUAAUCAAACAUUUUUUGGACCAUGAAGAAGAAAAAAACAAUACUGUCCACCACCAUAUAAAAAAUUUUUACAUUUUUUUCCACAAGUACAUCAUCAAGAAUAAGCAGCAAUAUUUGAAGUACUUUCCGCACUCCAUCAUUGUGCACUUAAAAAAUGACGAAUCGCCACAUGAUCAGAGUAAGAAGCCCGUGAGCGUAAACAUGUCCUCCAUUUUGGUGCUGACGUCGAACAAGCCUAUACCCUCUGCGGAAUGCGCAGACAUUGACGCACAAUUGUGUAAUGCGUACUGCCUUAAUGGGUACAUCUUUAAGGCGCACUUCUUUAAUGCCUUGGAGGGAACGUCCUCUACCAUGAUAGUACAAAAGCGAAUGCCAUGGCGUUUUGCACCCUCAUCUGUGUUACCCGUCCUGGUUCAGUCUAACAGAGGUCAGCAACCCAAGCUGCCAUAUCAUCAUAUUUAA